AUGCACAAGCUCUACAUUGGGAAUCUAUGCGACACCGUUACUGCCGAGGACUUAGGAAAAACCUUUGACGAACACAAGAUCCCCUACUCCGGACAGUUUCUCAUGAAAACUGGUUAUGCUUUUGUUGACUGUCCUGAUGAUCAAUGCGCCAUGAAGGCCAUCGAAACGAUUUCUGGUAAAGUGGAACUCCAUGGGAAACGUAUUGAGGUUGAGCAUUCUGUCCCAAAGAAGCAAAGGACCAGGAAGCUACAGAUCCGAAACAUUCCCCCUCAGCUGCGGUGGGAGGUCCUGGAUGGUCUGUUGGCCCAGUGUGGAACAGUGGAGAACUGUGAACAAGUGAACACAGACAGUGAGACUGCAGUGGUCAAUGUCACUUAUGCCUCCAGGGACCACGCCCGACAAGCCAUCCAGAAGCUGAAUGGAUACCAGUUUGAGAACAAUGCCCUGCACGUGUCCUACAUCCCUGAUGAAACAUGUGAUCUGGACGGGCAGAGGGGCCCCGAUAAUGGGCGCAGGGCUGGGUAUGGACCCCGGGGUGGACCGCGCAGUGGCUCACCAACCCAUGGCGCUCCCGGCAAACCCCACCCCGACUUCCCCCUGAGGCUGCUAGUGCCCACCCAGUAUGUGGGCGCUAUCAUUGGCAAAGAGGGGGCCACCAUUCGUAACAUCACCAAGCAGACACAGAGCAAGAUUGAUGUCCAUCGCAAAGAGAACGCAGGAGCUGCUGAGAAGCCCAUCAGUAUCCACUCCACCCCAGAGGGUUGCUCCGCCGCCUGCCGCAUGAUCCUGGAAAUCAUGCACCAGGAGGCCAAGGACACCAAGACUGCUGACGAGGUCCCUCUCAAAAUCCUGGCUCACAACAACUUUGUGGGACGUCUGAUCGGCAAAGAGGGACGCAACCUGAAGAAAGUGGAACAAGACACAGACACAAAGAUUACCAUCUCCUCCUUACAAGACCUGACAAUGUAUAACCCUGAGAGGACCAUCAUGGUACUUGGCACCGUGGAGGCUUCCUGUAAGGCUGAAGAGGAGAUCUCUAAGAAGCUACGGGAGGCGUAUGAGAACGACGUGGCUGCUAUGAAUCAACAGACCCACCUUAUCCCAGGCCUCAACCUGGGCGCUCUGGGCCUGUUCCCGUCCUCUGGUGGCCUGCCUCCACCUCCUCCAGGCAACUCUUGUGGAGGGGCUCUCUAUGGCUUUGGGGUAAGUCUUCACAUGUGCCCUCAGGCUCCAGAGCAGGAGACUGUGCACGUGUACAUCCCAGCCCAGGCCGUGGGAGCCAUCAUUGGGAAGAAAGGCCAACACAUCAAACAGCUGAGCCGCUUCGCUGGGGCCUCCAUCAAGAUUGCUCCAGCUGAAUCCUCCGACUCUAAAGUUCGACAGGUCAUUGUGACUGGACCUCCUGAGGCACAGUUCAAGGCUCAGGGGCGGAUCUAUGGCAAACUCAAAGAGGAAAACUUCUUUGGCCCUAAAGAAGAAGUCAAGCUGGAGACUCAUAUCAAGAUGGCAGCCUCUGCUGCUGGCAGAGUUAUUGGAAAGGGAGGCAAAACGGUGAAUGAGCUGCAGAAUCUCACUGCUGCUGAGGUGGUGGUACCCAGAGAGCAGACUCCAGAUGAAAACGACCAGGUCAUUGUCAAGAUCAACGGACACUUCUUUGCCAGUCAGCUGGCCCAAAGGAAGAUCCGGGAGAUCCUGACCCAGGUGAAGCAGUCCCAAAAAGGAAACAUGAGCCCAGGCCCUCAGCCUCAGGGCUUCACUGAGAUGGGGGGCCCCACACAGGCACUGGCUCAGGACCACCAGCCACGCAGAAAGUGAAGUGCCUGAUGAACAGACAGACAAGACACACGGACGAAUAGACGGACAGACGAACGGAUACAAGAGAGCAACACACGGACCCAGCAAUAGAUAGGGAGAGUUCUACAGAGAGAGGGAGUACGCCCAUUAGCUAGAGAAGAGAGGGAGGAGA